AUGUUGUCAGAGAAGUCCAAGGACGGUCUGCGCCUCCCAGGCGCGCAGGAGAACAAGGUGUUCGGUCUCUCGCGUCGCGUAUGGGCUCUUGUUGGCGGCUGCUUGGGUCUCAUGCUGCUGUCCCGCGCGUUCUCUUCCGGACCAUCAUACUCGCUGCCCACGGGUCACUACACCGCGUCCCCGGGCCUGUUGACGGCCAAGGACUACCUGAACGCGUCGGCCAGUGACCCCGCUCCGUUCUCAUUCUGCCCCGUCUUCGGUCCCAACGACGCGGUUGCCAAAAAGUGGGGUCAGACGGGCCUUCUGCGUUCGCGUAUUCACUCGGGCUCUGGCGCGCGUAUCCAGCGCGUCAUUCAAAAGGCCAUGGCUGGCCAGCCCAUCACCAUUUCGGUGCUGGGUGGUUCCGUGUCGGCAUGUCACGGCGCUGGUGACGAUGUCGUCUCGCCUCGCUGUUGGCCGGCACGCCUGUUUGAGUGGUGGAACACCGUCUUCCCCCAUGCCAACUCAGAGCUCACCAACGGUGCGGCCCGUCGUACCGACUCGGCAUACUUUGCCUACUGCUCGGCUCACCACCUGCCCGACAAGACAGACCUGGUCAUCCUCGAGUUUGACGCUAGCGACCCCAACGAUCCUCAGUGGAUGAACCACUUUGAGCUCCUCGUCCGCUCCAUCCUUAUCCGCCCCGAGCAGCCCGCUGUCAUCCUCCUCGGCCACUUUGCCCCGCAGGUCCUUGUCCAGAACGGCUUCGCCGGUCCCGACCUCUUCCACGAUGUUGUCGCCCAGUUCUACGAUGUCCCUCACAUUUCGUUGAAGGGCUUCCUGUACCGCGACUACAUGACCGAUCCCGAGGGCACCCGCAAGAGCUUCUACUCAGACAUGGUCCUCGCUUCGCCCAGUGGUCACGAGCUCAUGUCCGACCUCCUGGUCUCGUAUCUCGAGAACCAGAUCUGCAGCGGAUGGGCCACAACCAUGGGCCACGCCUUUGACGUACCUUACAUGGGCGCCCAGGACAGCCUCAAGGAGGACACUUCGGCUGACGACCUCGAGUCCCAGGGAGGCGGUCUGGCCGCCAAGCAGCGCGUCAUGCGCGUCCCCCACGCUCGCCUCUCCAACCGCCCCUCGGACAUUCUCACUUUCCGCGAAGUCCACCCAUACUGCGUGUCGGCCAACGACCUCGUCAACCCCCUCCCCCCUUCGCACUUCUACGGCUCGGGCUGGCUCGCCCACCACCCCAAGAAGGGCAUCUCGGAAGACUACCAUUACUGGUACUCGGAGAUUGCUGGCUCGCGUAUGCGCGUCCCUCUGACUAUUUCGGCCGGAGAGGUCGCCAUCUACUACCUCCAGCAGCCUGAGAACCAGCCCCUCGGCAUGGCCGCCUGCUGGGUUGACGACGACUUUGCCGGCCGCGCCAUGCUGAGUGGCAUGGGCGACGUUGGAGACAGCACCCCUACCCUGACUGUCAUCAACGAGCAUGUCUCGGCGGGCCCCCACUAUGUCGAGUGUCUCCUGCUCGGCCCCGACGGAACCCGUACCCCUCCCUUCAAGAUGCUUGGCAUCUUUGCUACUUGA